AUGAACACCGUCUACAAAUCGCCAGGUCUCAUUGUCAUUAGCAUUACGAUGUUUUGGGGUGUUGCUCUCAAACUCCUAUGUUGCACCACGGCACGAAACUCACUGGUGUCUUUGGAAGUUGGUACGGAAGGUAUCUUGGGUGGGCAAGCGUAUGUUCCCGACGUGCAGGGCAUGUGGAAGGUUCUUACAGAUAACGUCAACCUCAUGGCUAUGAAUUUGACCAACCAGGUGCGGUCGAUCGCAGAAGUGACAAAGGCUGUUGCUGGUAGUGACUUGACGAAGAAGAUUGAGGUCGACAUGCGUGGCGAGAUCAAGGAGUUGAAGGAGACUGUCAACAGCAUGACCGAGAGCUUGAGUCUCUUCGCCGAUGAAGUCACUCAUGUCGCAAGAGAAGUCGGCACGGAAGGACGAUUGGGAGGCCAGGCUCAUGUAACUAACGUCGGUGGUACAUGGAAGGACUUGACGGACAACGUGAACAUCAUGGCUGCUAAUUUGACCUUACAAGUCCGAACCAUUGCUGUCGCGACCACUGCUGUCGCUCGUGGAGACUUAACUCAACAAACCACUGGUGUCUCUGUAUCCGGAGAGAUGCUAAGCCUAGUCAACACUAUCAAUGACAUGAUUGCUCAAUUGGCAAUCUUCGCCAAGGAAGUCAAGAAAGUCGCAUUCAAAGUCGGUACAGAGGGUAAAUUGGGUGUCCAGGCUGAGGUGGGCAAUGUCCAGGGUAUCUGGCAAGAAAUCACAUAA